AUGAAACGGUGCCACUUCACUCGUAAAUAUUGCAAAGUUUUAGGCCAUGCGACUUCCGGAUGCCCACUUGUUCCUCCUAAAGCCGGAGUGGUAGAGAAGGGGACUAAGGUAGUAGUGGAUGAGGGUACUCGGUCAUGGGCUAACGAGGAUACAAGGCUUGGGCCGAUCGUCGCCAUUGCUUCUAGUGUUCGGGUCGAGAGGUUUGACCCCAUGCAUACCGAGCUUGCCGGCAAUUCUAAUGGUUGGGAAAUAGUCGGGAGAAAGGGCCAAGGGCUGAAUCAACCACAUAUUGAUCGGGGUGCUACUGCUCGCGCCGGUUCGGUACAUCCCGAGACAUUGAGGGGAGUCGGGGGUAUCGGUAGGCCUUCUCAUGCAGUUGCUAGUCAUAUUGGCCUAUCUAGACUCGAGAGUAUGGUUGAGAACCCCGACUCGACAAAUGUAGUUGUUGAGGAAAUAGUUCUUCCUAUCGCUCUUGGGGCCGCCACCCGGACUAGCAAAGGAGAUGGUCAACCAAGGGCUUUUACGAGGGUGACAAAUCAAAGUGGUGGGGUGAAAACUCGAAGUGGUAGUAGGCGGGUGCCUACCACCGCAACUCCUAUAUGUUAA